AUGACUACGAAUAUUCACUUAGUUAUACUUGUUCAUGGACUCUGGGGUAAUCCAACUCAUUUAAGUUAUCUUGAAAAACAAAUUACACAAAACAUAAUCCCAUCCCAAGGCAAAGACAAUGAUAAUGACAAUGAAAUCAUCCAAGUAUACAAGACAGGCUCACAUUCAGGAUAUAUGACAUAUGAUGGAAUAGACAUCAAUGGCAAACGAAUCUCAGAUGAAAUAUUAACAGAAACCAAAAGACUUGAAAAUAACCCCGACCAUAAGAUUAUCAAAUUCUCCAUAAUUGGUUAUUCAUUAGGUGGAUUAAUUGCAAGAUAUUCAAUUGGAAUUCUUUAUAGUCAUGGAUAUUUCAAUUCUAUUAAACCAAUUAAUUUUGUUACAUUUUGUACUCCACAUGUAGGAGUACGUAACCCAAUGACUCCCACUCGAUCUAUUAGAAUAUAUAAUAAAUUAGCUCCAUUAACCCUUGCAAUCACAGGUAGACAACUAUUCCUAACUGAUAAAGUUGGAAAAUUUAAUAAACCAUUAUUAGUUUGGAUGGCUGAUCCUAAAUCAUUAUUUUAUAAAGUAUUAAACCAAUUUAAAUAUAAAUCAUUAUAUUCCAAUGUGGUUAAUGACAAGAGAACUUCAUGGUAUACUUCCGCUAUAUGUGCUUAUGAUCCUGUGAACUCUGUUCUAAAUAGUAAUCCAAUAAACAUUAAAGCAACUUAUGUAAAAGGAUAUGAACCUACUGUUAUAGACAUCAACCAACCCGUAUCAUAUGAAGAACAGGGACAUCAUGCAAUUCAUGAUCUGAGUUUAUGGAGAUAUAUGUGGAUGAUAUUCAGUUUUCUAGCAUUAUUAUUUAAAACUAUUAUCCAUACACCAAUUUGGGCCAUUGCCGUGAUUAUCUCAUCAACUUUACAAACCAUUAGAUUGAAUAAAAGAGUUCGGGAAUUCUUAAGUGAUACUUCAAAUAAUUUACUUCAUUUAUAUGAAUAUGUUGAACAAGAAUUAACUGAUUUUGAAAAUCAUGAAUAUCGUAAUGAAACAACAACAACAGCAGCAGCAAAUAAAACUGAAUCUAUUAUGAAUGAUAUUGAAAAUGAAGUGAGUGAUAAACUACUGGACACUCAGGAUUCAUUUGUUGAACAUGUAUAUGAAACUUUAGGUUGGGAAGAACCUCAUUCAAAAACUGCUUCUCCAUUGUAUUUGAAUGAAGAUCAACAGUAUAUUAUCAAGAGUUUGAAUUCACUUGAAUGGAAUAAAUACCCGGCAAUAUUAAGACAUACUUUACGUACUCAUUCAGAUAUAAUUGUAAGAAAUGAAUUUGAUCAAGAUGUAAAUGAAGGUAAAGUUGUUAUUAAUCAUUUUGUAAAUGAAGUAUUUAAAACGCAAUAA